CUGCGCGCCCCGGGGGCAGCGGAACGUACCCCGGCCGGAGAGUUUCUGUCCAGGCUCCCGCGGCGGGCAGCAGCGUCCGGAUCCCGGCGAGCGCGAGCCAGAGGGGCGCGAGGAUGGCGGGGCGCGCUCUGCGGGGCGCUGCGCCCCCGGCCCCGGGCGGGGAGAGGCGGGCGGCGCUGGGGCUGCUGCUGCAGGUGCUGCUGGGCUGGGGCUCGGCUCAGCAGCCCGGCUCCUGCCCCGCGCCCUGCGAGUGUUCCGAGACGGCCCGGACGGUGAAGUGCGUGAACAGGAACCUCACGGCGGUGCCCCCGGACCUGCCGCCCUACGCGCGGCUCCUCUUCCUCACGGGCAACCGGCUCGCCAGCCUCCCGCCCGGCGCCUUCCUUUCGCCGCCGCUGCCCCAGCUCAGCCUCCUCAACCUGAGCGGCAGCCACCUGGAGCAGGUGGAGGCGGGCGCCUUCGCCAGCCUGCCCAGCCUGAGGCAGCUGGACCUGAGCGGCAACGCCCUGGCCAGGCUCAGCCCCGAGGCCUUCGGCAACGCCAGCAGCCCCCUCGAGAAGCUGAACCUCAGCAACUCCCUCAGCAACCAGAGCGCGGUGUCCGCCCUGGCCGAGCUGCUGGGCUCGGGGGUGCUGGGCAACCUGAGCCGCCUGGAGCUGGCCGACAACAGGCUGCUCUCCCUGCCUGCGGGCAUGUUCUCCUCCCUGCCCAGCCUGCAGCACCUGGACCUGCGGAACAACUCCCUGGUGAGCUUGCAGGCCGCGACCUUCCACAGCCUGGCCCAGCUGCAGAGCCUCGACCUCAGCCACAACUCCCUGAAGUGCCUGAAGGACGCCACCAUCGCCCAGCUCCGCAGCCGGCCCGCGCUCCGCAGGAUCAGCCUGGACCACAACACCUGGGUCUGCGACUGCUGCAUCGAGCACUUGGUGAGCUGGCUCAAGGAGAGCGACCAGGUGGAAGGGAAAGGGGCCUUGAAGUGCUCUUACCCUGACAAGAUACGGGACAAACCCCUGGUGAAGACCAACAGCUCAGACCUGGACUGUUCUGUGCCUGUAGACAUCCAGUCCCAACUGCAAACUUCGUAUGUCUUCUUAGGGAUAGUGCUGGCUCUCAUUGGAGCCAUUUUUCUCCUAGUUUUGUAUUUGAACCGAAAAGGAAUCAAAAAGUGGAUGUACAAUAUCAGAGAUGCAUGUAGGGAUCACAUGGAGGGAUAUCAUUACAGAUACGAGAUGAAUGCAGACCCCAGGUUAACAAACCUCAGCUCUAGUUCUGAUGUAUGAAGAUACACUAUGGAAGCAGGGCAGGGCACAAUAGCUAUGCAUGAAAUGUAGACUUAAGCUUUACCCCCAUGCUCACUUCCCCUCUCCCAGAGAAACAACAGAUUUAUUUGUGCCACCUGGGGAAUAUGCCUCCAGGUAACGUAAAGGUGAUGACUAUUUUCUGUUACCCUGAAAUAUUGAGCAAUUGUGCAUGGUGUUGGGCUGUACAUAAGAAACAUGCUGCUAUUCCCUCUCUUCCUCCCCCCCACCCCCACCUGUUUUUCUUUGGAACUUGCUCUCAAUACUUAUUUGAAACAUUUUUCGAGAUCUAAAGUGAAAAAGAUCCUCUCUUUGAUGUUCCCAAACCGCAAGAGCAUAUACAAUUUACCAAUACAGAUACUAUCCAACAAAAACUGCCUCAACUUUUUUGGGAAAGAAGCUUUAUUCAUCAAUUACAGUUUUGUUCUUAUGUAUCCUAACUGAGAAGAAAAUAAUUUUAUUCCAUAAGCUACCUGCAGAUUUAAAAAGCUCCUAACAACUCUGUAGAAAGAAGCAACUAAAAUAGUGAGCAUGCACAAAUACUUUGUAGUUUUACAUGUUAGGGAAAACUUACAACCUCAAUAAGCCGCUUACUCUUUUGUAAAGUUCUUUUUGAUGGCAGUUUACAUGAAAAUAGGAUGCUUUUUUAAUAUAAACUGCAUAUAAACUCAGUUUGAACUGUUAAAUAAUUCAAUAAAUGUUCUUACAAAGAACUACUGUUGUGCUGAAAUUUGUUUAAUGAUAAAACUCUGAAAUAAAUGCAUGGAAGUAUAAGUUUGGGAAAUAUAAAGUUAUUCACAAGUAGUUGUACUGUAUUAAUUCAUGGAAAACAAAUUCUGUUUUUAUAGAACAGGGUCCAGUUUAGAGUCGGGUUAUAAGUAUUCACGUGGCAAUUUGUGAAUCACCGUAUAAGACAAGUUCUCCACAGGGAGAACAGAUUUCCCUUAGUAAAAAGCCCAGCAAACAAAACAAAAAACAAAUAGGCUAAUGCUAGGUUCUCCCUUAUCACUAAAAUACUGCAAGAUUAUAAACAAAUAAAAAUUACGUGAAAACGUACACUGCAAUUAAAAAUCAAGUGCAAUGAUGCAUGCUUAAAGCUUUAGAAAAUUGCAUCUAAACUAUUGCUUUUAAUUAUAUAGUAGAUUUUCCAUAAUAAAUUAAAUGUUGACAAAUCCUGAAGGCACAAUUUGGCACAUGAAACUUAAUGUUUAUUAUUUGAAACUUGCAAUCCUUGGGCAAUACUGCAGUAAUUACACUGUGCAUCAUGUUUUGAGAUCUGACCUAAUUUUACUGCUUCUUAAAACUACUAACAGGUCAUCUUUAAUAAUAAUUCUAUACAUGUUUGUGCUUGACAUUUGCCUAUGAGUGACAUUUUGUUUAAAUGUUUAUGCAGAAUACAUAAGGAAGGACUUUAUCAUAUUGCCUAGUAUUUAAUUUUGAUGGCACAUUUUGAAAGGAUAGCAACUGAACCAUCUGUAGCCACCAAUAACCUAAUGAGCUUUCUCUUGUAAACAGAUUCUAAAUGAAAGGGGACAGAUUCACAUUGAACUUUUAACACUUAAUUUAAUAUUUCCGCUUGUUGGCUGAGCACUUCAAUUAUUUUAUCUGACAUUCUUAAACAAUACAAAUAACGUAAUAUAAAGUUUGUCUGGUACAUAGAUUAUUUUUUGCUUUUAAUAGUGAAAAUUGUAGUAGCUAUAUGCUUUUCAUAAGACUUUUUAUGAACAUAAAGUAGCUCAAACUAAGAUAUUGGGUAAAAAUAAAAAUAUAUAUAUAAACUUAGUCUGACAGUUGUCACCAUUUAAAUGCAAUUUUUUUAUCCUUGCGGCAUGUGACAUUCUCAAAGUAAUUAAUUUGUUUUAAGACUAACUUCUGUAGCUUGAAAUCAUCAACAUUCACUAACACUGACAUUUUGUUUUUAAAGGUACACAAUUCUGAGAAUAAGGAAAAGGGACGAACUCCCAAAAUUUUGAUGAAUGUAUUUUAAAACUAAUGACCUAUGAUAGCUUCUCCUACUCUGAUGAUGAAUAUAAGGAUCACAGAACACUAGGUUCAGUUUUCAGAUUUAAAAAAAAAAAAAAAAAAAAACCUUCCCAAAAGUCAGUUAAAGUAUUUAACAAUAGUGAAAUUACUGUCUGAAUAACUUGCUGUGCAACUACCAAAAAAUUCCUUAAAGCUCAUGAUUACUUAGUAAAUGCAAAAUAGUUUGUGUUAUAAGAUAGUAUUUUAGUUACAUGACAAGCUAUGUUGUAUUGGUUAUUUCAGAGACUGUCACCUUCCAUGUGUUUGUACAGUGCCUAGAACAACGGGGCCUCAAUGUCAUUGGCCUAUAGGUACUAGAGCUGUAUAUAAUGUAUAAUAAUAAUUUCAAAUAUAUACCAGCCAAGCAGUUUCCUGGAGGCGUGGCCUUUGUUAAUAGAUAAGUUAAAAAUAAAUACAGUAAAAUAUCAGUCUUUCAUACAUAGCUUAUUAAGGAUAGCUAAUUGACUAUCUUAGUCACAUAAUCUGUAACUAAAGAAUUCAGCAAGUCCGUGUUUGUGUAGUGGAAAAGUGUCUCAAGUGUACCAACAUCUAUUAGACUCAAUGAUUAUCAGUGUUUUUGUAUGAUAGUCACUGUAGUAAAAUUGUUGAGAGAAUUGGUGACACCUGCUUUAAAAAUAAGUUCUGCCAUUUGCUUUCAAGUAGAUUUAUUAGUGUAUGACCAUUAGACUGUGACAGUGUUGUGUUAUGCUGAUACGCACCUAAAAUGUUUGACCAAUAAUGAAUGCUUUGGUGUUUUUGUAGAAACUAUAAAAUGCAUCUGAACUUUAAAAUCUUUUCUAUAAAAUUCAUGGUUGGAGCUUGUCUUCCUUUCCUAUAAGAAAUAGUUAGUACACAGAAGACAAGAAUAAGAUAGUUAGUUAUAAAAGUGCUUCUGAAUUUUUAAAAAGUGUACAUUGUAAAUGCUUUGGGAUUGCAGGGUUUUCUAAAGCAUACUCUUUCCCACUGCUUAUCCUGCUUUGACACCUUAAAUUUCACCUAAUUACUACUUCCAAAGCAGUAUAAUUGGUGGGAGGGCUAUUUUAUUCCUUCAGACUUUAAUAAAAAGUAUGCAGUAUUAAAUGCUUUCAACCUUUUAUUUUUAUAUAUAUAUAUAUAU